AUGAUUUCCCCUAUCUUCUUCGUAUUUUCUCUCAUUCUCUCUUCUUCCUAUGCUUCACAUGUGCAAGACUUCUGUGUUGCAGACUACACAGCCCCUCAAGGCUUUUCAGGGUACGCUUGCAAAGACCCUGCCAAGGUCACGGUAGACGAUUUCGUCUACUCCGGCCUAAAAGUCCCCAGUACCACCACGAACAUUAACAAAUCUGGAUUCACAGCUGCCGUUGCCCCUGUAUUUCCUGCUCUCAACGGCCUAGGCGUUUCGGUGGCCCUAGCAACCCUGGAGGUUGAUGGAGUUUCCCCGCUUCACAGCCACCGCGGAGCUACAGAAGUUAUAGUCAUCGCAGAAGGAAGUAAUAUAGUCGCCGGGUUCAUUGCCUCGAGUAACAAAGUUUAUACAAAGUCUCUGAACAAGGGUGAUGCUAUUGUUUUUCCACAAGGGUUAUAUCACUUCUUUUGGAAUAAGGGUAAAACUCCGGCCACUAUAUUUGUUAGCUUCAGUAGCGAAAACCCUGGCGUUCAGGUUCUGGAGAAUGCACUGUUCCAAAGCGAUUUUCCUACCGAAAUCAUAGCCAAGACUACUUUACUUGACGUUGCUCAGAUUAAGAAACUUAAGGGUGUUUUUAAUGGCACUAAUUAG